GCUUCAAACCCCAGCUCCACUUUAUUGCAUUCUCCUUGUUUCCACGAAUGGCAACUGCUGAAGACCUUCAGACCGUGUUUCGCUUGCUGACCAGAGGACAGGAGUUGGAGGAUCAACCCACAUCUCUACCAGCACUACCAGCCGAGAUUGCCGAGCUCAUUAUGGACGAAGCGCACUACUGGCAAGGCGUGCAGCACACCAAGCGACAGUGGUUUGGUGAUGAUACUCCCAACUCUAUUCUGAAAGUCACCGUCCCUCAAGGUGUCAAUGGGAAUUCAAUCCGUGUGAAAGCAAUUCAAGUGCUUCGUGACUGGAAUAGAAGUAACGACAUCAUCGGCAGCGGCUUUGAUUUGGUUGUCCUAGAUGAGCAAGGCGCUGUUCAAUAUGAAUUCUCAGCAAAACCGACUUUUGCCAAUCGGAGUCUCCAGCUUGUGACAAUCGUGCCAGCCAACCAUCCUGUCAUCCAACAAAUGCGCGCGGGUUGGCAGGUUCAAGUUCGAGCCAGCAAGUCUUCUCGAGAUGUGCAUUUUGAAUCGCUUUAUGUUGGAUGUACAGUCGAGCGGGUGAAUUUCAGAGGCUGAGUUCGCCGUCUUUACAUCACACUUUUGCAUGUUGUUUUGUUUUUGUUUUUUGGAGUGCAAUCUCGGUGCAUCUGGUCCAACAACCGCGCCCCCAACAACCCCUUCUCCCAUUCGAUCGACUUCCUUCGCUUUUGGCUCCUGGUCAUCGGAGGUAUGCACAACUUUGACAGGACAAAUAAAAAAAUGCAACCCAA